CUAUAUGUACAGUAUACAUUCAGGAUUAUAUGGACCUGACAAAAGCUGUCGUGGUGGUAGGAUGGAAUUACAGCUAAUCUGUGUAGACUUUUUGGGUGAGCUUGAAUUUCUGUGCUGCAGUGUGAGUGUGUGUGGGUGCAGAUGAAAAUAACUGCCUUCAUAUAGUACCCCAUCUCCUCUCUGCCUGUUCAGUGUUAUCCUCCCAUGCAGAGGUACAGUAACUAGAGCACUAACGUGAUUACAGAUAGCUCGGUAUAGCUAGGAUGAAUUCAUGUAGUUAAACUACAAUGUGAGUUUAGGCAGAUUCAGGUUAAUAAGAUAUGGCUUAUUACUUACUGGUCAGAGAUACUUGGAGGAUAUGUGAAAGCAGGCUACUUGAUUCUUGUCUGAUCAAAAGUGGAUCUGGCCCUGCUAUGGUAGCUAAGGAAGCUCUGAAGCGUUUGCAUUCUGUGAAUGGCCCUUUUUUUCUCCCGAGUAGAUCAAAGGGGAUGUAGAGCGAGACAGAAGUGUCAGUCGGCUUCACCAUAUGUUCCUAUUCACUCCUGUCUCUUCUCCCCACCCUGCCGUGAUCUCCUGUAAAAUAGGAUCAUACAGACUUCAAACUCCAGUGGUGAAGAGGUCCUACCUCCCACCAUUCAGAAACUGAUGCAGGGCUACAACAAGUACCUGAGGCCUUUAUUCGGAAAUGGUCCUGUUACUGUUGGCAUGAGUCUGGACAUUGCCAGCAUUGAUACUAUAUCAGAGAUCAACAUGGACUACACAGCAACUAUCUUCUUGCGGCAGCGCUGGACAGAUGAGCGUCUGUGCUUUGAUGGCAAUAAGAGCCUGAGUUUGGAUGGCAGGCUGGUGGAGCUUCUCUGGGUUCCUGACACGUUCAUUGUGGACUCCAAAAAAUCCUUUCUGCAUGACAUCACUGUGGAGAACAGACUCAUCAGGAUAUUCCCAAAUGGCACCGUGCUUUAUGCCCUGAGAAUCACCACCACAGUCGCCUGCAGUAUGGACCUGACCAAGUAUCCCAUGGAUAAACAAACAUGCACACUUCAGCUAGAAAGCUGGGGUUAUAAUGUGAAAGAUGUGGUGUUUCAUUGGACACGUGGCAACCUGUCAGUUAGUGGUCUUGAUACCCUUCAGCUGGCCCAGUACACACUAGAGGACUACUAUACCUCAGAGUCUGAAGCUGUGUAUGAGACAGGCAGGUACCCAAAGCUGAUCUUCCACUUUCAGCUGAGGCGAAGCAUCCUUUACUUCAUCCUGGAGACAUAUGUGCCAUCUAGUGCCCUGGUGGUUUUGUCUUGGGUCUCUUUCUGGAUCAGUCAGUCCUCUGUCCCUGCUCGCAUUUGCAUAGGGGUAACAACAGUCCUGACAAUGACCACUCUGAUGAUGGGUGCACGCACUUCUCUGCCCAAUGCUAACUGCUUCAUUAAAGCCAUUGAUGUGUACCUGGGCAUAUGCUUCAGCUUCAUCUUUGGUGCCCUCAUAGAGUAUGCUGUGGCCCAUUUCUGUACUUUACACCAACCAAAUGCUGCCAAUGCAUAUAUGUAUGGACAGGAAAUGCAGGAACGUGAGGAUGAGAUGAAUGGGAUUGUCACAUCAAUCGGCAGCCAGGCUUUACGGGUACGCAAAAGGGAGGAGAUGCUGUCCCGUGCUGGCAACACUAGCAGCCCCACUCGUAGUGACACUAAAGAGGAGAAGUCUUCUCAGCCCAAGAGCGGCUGCACCAAGUCUCUGUCACUUCUGCGUCGCAUUGUGUGCUUCCUGAACUGUUGCCAUGUGGAAAACCCACACUACAUUGACAACUACUCACGUCUGACCUUCCCGCUCUCCUUCAUCUUCAUUAAUCUGCUCUACUGGACCUACUACCUGUACUUUUAGUGUAUGUGUGUUUUUAUGAGUGUGAAGGUUUCAUAUCUCUGCACUAUGUCACAGCAUUUUGGGGAUUUAAUACACUUUUCUCUUAGCAUGUUUUUGCAGAUACUACAUGUGACACAUGCAUGUAGUAUGUAACUUUUACUCAUUUUGUCCUACAGGAUGUGUUUGUUUGGACUGGCCAUGGUUGUAACAGAGUUUAGAAGAGUGUUGAUUCCUGAAAGUGUGUUUAUGUGAGAAAUAAUAAUAAAAACAUGAUGGAAUAUUUUAUAUUCUAAAUAUAUUAAAGCAGGACCAGUGAUGUAAUAAUGAAUAGCAAGACCAAAGAUUUAAUGCAUUUUUAAUAUCCAUGAACACAAAAAUAUUUCAGUGCAUGUUAUUACAUGUUACGCAGGUAGCAUUAUAUGGAUGAUUUCAGUUAUUGUUAUUUGAACAGUCAAUGUCAUUGAGUUUUGUGAUUAUAAAUUGCUGCCUUCAAGAAAAAAAAUCACCAAGUGAUUUUAUGAUUUUUAGUUUGAGGAUCUGCAUUUUCCCUCAACUCUACAACUUAAGCAUGACAAUUAAUCUAUGACAUUACUGCAGUGUGGUUUUUCAGUGUCAGUGACAUGACUGUUUAACAUUAUAUUCUUCUACUGAACAAACCAACAUGAUCAGGCAAAUUUCAAAAGUGAAAUGAAACUUGAAGCAGUUGAAAGUUAUUAUUGAUAUUAGUAUAAUAUUACAUACAUAUUGGAUAGCAGAAAUAGCUGCAUUGUGGUGGGUUUUAUUUUGUGUACACAUUUAACUAUAUUUAUUAUAAGCAUCCCUCAAACUUGGUGUAUGUUCUGUAGAGAGUUGCAGGCUUAUGAUAGUUUAUCACUAUCUUUUCUUACAUUGAUCUUUGGAUAGAAGCCUUUUUUAUUAACUGCACAGAAUAUUCAAUUGUUUUACAGAUACCAUGUCUUCCUACUGUACUGAAUUUUGAACCACAAAGGCAUUAUUUAUUAGCAACAGUUUCUUCUUCUUAUUAUUAUUAUUAUUAUGGUCUUUACAUAUGUUUUGCAAGUUAAUUAUUUCCAGUCAUGCAUGCAUCUUGUGUAGUGGAAAAUAGCCAUGUGGCUCCAGUAUGUUUUUCAUGCAUGGGAGAUUAUGAUGCAUCAAUUCCCACAGCAGCUUGUGAGGAAGGUUGCAUGGUGUGGCUGUGGGAGGUUUUUACAAUAAACUAGAUCGUAAUUGUAUCUGCAGUUACAGUGUUUUAAGUUAUUUUAAAUAAUGAAUAAUAAAUCACUGGCGAAACCUU